AUGACAUCAAUGUUGGAUACGGGAAGCAGCGUAACAUGGUUCCCCUACAGUAAUCACUACAAUUGCUCUGAUUGUGGCAAUAAUGAUGAUGACCGUAAUUCUACAAAUUUCAUUCCAGAACACUCCACUUCUGCCCGUGUAUUGGAGUGUACAAGCCCAGAGUGUCAGGAAUUCCAUGUAAACAAUCUAUUUUGCAAUGAUUGCCAUGAAAGCUCCAAGCCGAGUAAUUGUACCCAACUAUGUCCAUAUAACAUAGGAUAUGGAAUUGGAUCGACCUCUGGUUUUUUCUUGUCAGAGACCCUUCACUUCUCUGACGCAAUCCAAGUCAAGGAUUUCGUCGUCGGCUGCUCCACCAAAGCAUCCCAAAUGUCCGUUGGGAUAGCGGGAUUCUCUGUUAUCCGGAUUCUUCUAUUUGCGGAGAAUACCCGUGUCAAUGUCGUGGCGACAUUGACUAGGCAGCUCAUCAUGGUUAGGGAAGGCGGCGACGGCGGUGGCUAUCGGAGUAACGAUUCCCAGUCUGGGAUUGUCUAUACUCCGUUCACGAGAUUUCAAACUGUAGAAAGCUAUUAUUAUGUUACAGUAACAAAAAUCACGGUAGGUUUGGUCGACAUUAAAGUCCCGAAUCGGUAUCUUGUGCCAGGGCCGGAUGGCAACGGAGGGACGAUCGUUGAUUCCGGCACUACUUUCACGGUGAUGGACGACGAGAUUUUUCAACUGGUGUUGGCAGAGUAUGAAAAUCAAAUGGGACAGUAUUAUCCUAGAGCUGAUGAUCUUAAUAUAGACAACCAGGCGAAUUUGACGUGUUACAACGUAUCCGGGUCAAAUCCGGGGGAUUAUACGGAGCUGAACUUCUAUUUUGAGGGUGGAGCGAAAAUGGCAGUUUCCAUAUCGGAGAGUUUUGAUCCGAACCCGGAUGUGGUUUGUUUGACGCUACUGUCAGCGCUGAUACUCGGAGAUGAUCAAUCCGGACCGUCCAUCAUUCUGGGCAAUUUUCAGCAACAAGAUAUUUACUUCGAGUAUGACCUAGAAAACCAGAGGCUUGGAUUUCGAAAGCAAAUUUGCUAG